GAUGCCGUGUUUUGCAGCGAAAGGGGUGAGGAGGUUAGUUUCAGCUGGAAAGAAUCGAUACGGUGAGGAACUAUCAAGCUAUUUGUUUGUUGUCGAGGUUUCGCACGCGACGGUCACCACGUCACUGCAGAAGGACACCGCGUAGGAGAUGCACGCAGCGUUGCGGCUGGUGGCAGUGGCAGUCCCGAUGGGUGUGCUGCUGUCCCGCACCAUGGCGUGGAUAUCCAGCGGGAAAACGCAUCCGGAGCUCGUCAGCCGGCUGAGGGAUCACGGGGUGAUCCGCAGCGAGCGAGUGUUUGAUGCCAUGCUGGCUACGGACAGAGGGCUGUACACGAUAGACUAUCCGUAUGCAGACUCUCCUCAGUCCAUAGGGUACAGAGCGACCAUCAGUGCGCCACACAUGCAUGCUCAUGCUUUGGAGCUGUUAAGUGACAAACUAACGGAAGGGGCAUCGGCGCUGGAUGUGGGUUCAGGAAGUGGAUACCUCACGGCCUGCUUUGCAAGAAUGACAGGACCUAGCGGUAAAGUGGUUGGCAUUGAGCACAUUGAUGAAUUAGUUCAAAUGUCAAUAAGAAAUGUGCAAGCUGACAACCCAGAACUGCUCACCUCUGGACGCAUCAAACUGAUGGUGGGAGAUGGAAGGCUUGGCCACCCAGAAGGAGCGCCGUACGAUGCCAUUCAUGUUGGUGCAGCCGCUGCUACUGUUCCUAAGGCUCUGUUGGAGCAGCUGAAGUCCGGUGGGAGGUUGGUUCUCCCAGUGGGCCCCGACGGAGGCAGUCAGGUUUUAGAACAGUACGACCGGCAGAGCGACGGGACCUUUGUCAAGAAAGCUUUGAUGGGAGUGGUUUACGUCCCCCUGACCGACAGGAGGCGUCAGUGGCCCGGAGGUGAGCUCUGACUGCAGUGUGGUUGCCCCCGCAGAAGGUGGCGUUGGUGCUGCAUCUCCACGCCCGGUAGCUUCCCCUGGUUUCACUGAGCCCUUGUGGGUUGUCACCCUGCGACAACGAGGACCCUUCUCCGUUUGCCCGACCAGAUUGUCUUCAGUGACCGAAUGAGCGACCACCACUGAUGACCCUAGUCUCAGAAUCCUCAGCGUCAGAGAGUGAUGUUGUUAUUGUGUAGUAUUAUAUUUGCGUAAGCCGGGAAAGUUCAGCCAUGAGAAAAGUGCAAUAUCAACUUUAGAAGCUACAGAAUGUGUUCUUCUGAAAGCUAAUAUAUUCAGAUGAGUGAUAAAUUUGUAAGUUUGUAUGAUCAAAUGGAAACCCUUUGAUUAUGAAUGCAAUAACACAUAUAACAAGUAUAUUGCAGGGGAAUUAAAUGGAAAUUCAGUUAAAAGUUCUAACCACAAAAUAGAUAUAGAAUAGUUAACAGCUUCACAUAGUGUGUAUUUAGGAUAUAUCCUGCUUGAGAUUGUUACUAUUAAGCAGUGAGACAUUGUGCCAAAAAAGUAACUUAAUUGUUUUUGAAGCUACACAAAUAAUGAAUAAUUUGUAAAGUUUAUUAAUAAAUGGAUACAUUAUUUUGUUCUCUACAGCAA